UCCCUACCACUUCCCUUUCUUAAGUUCCUUAUCAUCCUCUCUUUCUCUUUCUCUUUCGCCAUCUUCCAUUUCAUUUUCAAUCAAAAACUCCUCUUUCUCUUGUUCCUGUUCCUGACAAUUCUUGUAGCUUACACUUUUUCCCCCACCUUUUUUAAUUUUCUCUCUCUCUUUCCAUUGACACCAUUUCUGUGUCUCAACUCAAUUUGGUUUCAUCCACAUGGGAAGGCACUCUUGCUGUUAUAAGCAGAAGCUGAGGAAAGGGCUGUGGUCUCCAGAUGAAGAUGAAAAACUCCUCAAUUAUAUCACCAAGCAUGGCCAUGGCUGUUGGAGCUCUGUCCCUAAACUCGCAGGGCUGCAAAGAUGUGGAAAAAGCUGCCGCCUCAGAUGGAUCAAUUAUCUGAGGCCUGAUCUCAAAAGGGGACCUUUCUCCCAGCAGGAAGAGGACUUGAUCAUUGAGCUCCAUGCAGUCCUAGGCAACAGAUGGUCUCAGAUUGCUGCUCAGCUUCCGGGGAGAACUGACAAUGAAAUAAAGAACUUGUGGAAUUCGUGCAUUAAGAAGAAACUAAGGCAAAAAGGGAUCGACCCCAACACCCAUAAGCCUGUGGCAGAAGUUGACAAUGAGAGCGAGAAGUUGGCCACCACUUCCCACAGCUCUGAAGAGGCCACCAUUACCAAUGCCACUGAUCAAACACCAUUCUUCCCAAUCGACCCUUCAAUUCCCAAUUCCAUGCCAUCUCAACAACAACUCUACUCAUCUGAUCAUCAUUCCAACAUCACCAAUUCAGUGCCGCCGCCGCCAUUGACUCAGGAGUUUUUCCUGGCCAGAUUUGGGACAUCAUCCCACGACACCACCUCCUCAAACAGAGCUUCUGAAUUGGUCGAAUAUCUGUCAUUUCAGCAGCUCAAUUAUGGGUCGGAAUUGGCAACUCAGAACCCAAAUCCCAAUUCAACCCCCACUUCUCUCUGCUUCAACCAAAACCCCAAUUCGAAUUUGAUUCUGCCACCCACCCCCUUGAAAUCCUCCUCCUCCUCCUCCUCCUCCAUAAGGCAUCUUGCCGAUCGCAAUCAUUCCGCCGCCAGUUGCGACAUCAACUGGGAAGGAACCACUUUCAGCACCAACACGACCGGAAGCAGCUUCGAUUACCAAAGAGGCGGCGGCGGCGGCGGCGGUAACAACAACUUCUUCGACGGCAGUAACUUCACGUGGGGGCUGCCGGAUUGCGUGGCCAAUCCAUAUAUGAUAGCGAACGCGGCGGCGGCGGUACAGAAUGAAGCAUCUCAAUCUGUGUACGUAGAGAACAUGGGCGGGGCGGCGGCGGAAACAGGGUUCAUAACAGAGGGCGGGCAACAAGCAUCAUCCGAUGCUGUAUAUAACAAACACCUUCAUACUCUCACUGUUUCUUUCGGACACACCCUUUAAUUCUUUUUCCAAACACCAUUCAAGUAAAUGAGUUUUCUUUCUUUUUUCCCCUUUUUGGUUUCUGGGUAUAUUACAUUAUGUUAGAUUUGUGUGCAGUGAUAGUACAAGAUAGGAUUUUUUUCUCUUUUUUUUUCUCGUUCAUCUCGUACUGUAAAUUUGGUGCUUCAAAAACAAGAAGAAGAAGAAGAAGAAGAAGAAGAAGAAGAAGAAUUGAAAACCAAGUUGUGUAGUGUUGCAGAGAGUGGAGAAUGAGAGGUGAGAUCAGAGUAUUUUAAAGUUUUCAUGAAUGAAUCGACGAAUGAUAGAGUGGGAGAAGAGUAAGAAUGGAUCAAAAUUCAAAUAAAUGUCAGAAGAUGUUGUGGUUUUAUAUAUCCAGAUUGUUUUGUUAAUAUAUGGUUGAUCCAAUUGUGUUGUGUUU